AUGAAAUUAUUAGUUUUACUUUCAGCCUUAUUAUUGUUAAUUUUAACCAAUAAUGUUGCUUUAUCAGAGAGCGAUAUUGAUUGUUCAUUAGUCAGAUGUGCAAUGCCAACUUGUCCACCACACCAAGCACCAGUUAGAAUACCAGGUGGAGGAUGCUGUGGCUACAAAUGUUCACCAAAAGGAUGCGAAAACACUGCAUGUACAUUACAAAUUAAAUACUGCAAAGUUGGUGAAAAUCCAAGUGGUUGUUGUCCAUGUACCUGCAGGGAAAACACAAUUUGCCCAGCUAUUUUCCGUUAUUGUAGCCCAGGCGAAAAACCAACUGAUACAUGCUGUGGAUGUGAAGUCAAGGAUCCAUGUGAAGGAGUUCCAUGUCCAAAAAUUUUACGUUAUUGCAAACCAGGAGAAAAACCAGAAGGUAGUUGUUGCCCAUGCACCGUUCGUAAAGAUCCAUGUGAUGGUAAAAUUUGUACUAUGGAGAUUAGAUAUUGUAAACCAGGUGAAAAACCAACAGACACUUGUUGUGGAUGUACUGUUCCAAAAACUGCUUAA